CCCCAUUUUUAAAUUGUUUUCUCCUUCAAACAUCUCUCCGGACCCUCCGCCGCAGUAAAAAGGGGAAGCACAGUGAAAAUGACCGACAAUAAUAACGCCAAUUCCGCUCAAAUUAACCUCGAAGAAACCUCGAGAGAAGAAAUUGAGCUCCCGAAAACCCCAACAAUGGCUGAAACCGAACAGCCCCAGGUCGACCAAACGGCGUCGUCCGACCCCUCUUCAAAGAAAAGCAUCGGAAAUGUUUCCUUCAGCAUUUGGCCGCCAACUCAGCGCACUCGCGACGCGGUGAUCAAUCGCCUCAUCGAGACGCUGUCGUCUCCCUCCGUUCUAUCCAAGCGCUACGGCGUCAUUCCGACCGAGGAGGCGUCCGAGGCCGCCAAGAGGAUUGAAGACGAGGCCUACGCGGCUGCCGGUGCUUCCGCCUCCACCGAUGACGACGGCAUCGAGAUUCUGCAGAUUUAUUCCAAGGAGAUCUCUCGCCGCAUGCUCGAUACUGUCAAGUCCAGAUCUGCUUCCGCUGCUGCUGAUGCUCCGUCGUCUGUAUCGGAGAACAAGCCGCAGGAGGAUGCCGCGGAUGAUGGUGGGAUAAGCGGGGAGGUAGAAGCUCUCAAAAUUGAUUCUUGAGAGUUUAUCUAGGUUUCUUAAUUACUACUAUAUGGUUAAUGUUGCGAGAAAUGUGACGUCUUGAGGAUCUUCUCUAGGAAUUAUAGUUGGAGUACUUAAUCUACGUUAUGUCGAGAUCUGGAAUUUGUAAUAUUACUGGAGUUCUUGGGCAUAUUUUGACUGCCUUGCUAUAAUGUUGUCUAGCUGGAUGUUCCUUUAUCA